AUGAUGACAGGAAUUCGGGGUAUGAUUACAACAACAACUUCAAGGGUUGUACCUUUGGCCAUUUGUUCUACCUUCCGUAGUCACCAUUUAACCCACUCUGUCAACCAUACUGGCCUCUCUGGGAAGCUCUUUCACAGAUUGUUUCCUUCAUCUCUUCAUCACUACUCCACCAAGUCGACCUUCAAGGAGUUAUUUAUGCGAGGGCAAGAGGAGAAGAAGUUUGAGAAGUCUCCAAUGCUCUUCCACUCUACAAUUGAAGAACGAUCCAACCAGCAGACUUUACUACUAACUAGUGAAGAAGUGGUGCCCUUUUUUCCUGAGGAAGACGAUUAUUACAAUGAUCUUAUGGAAAAGACACAGCAUUUUAGUAUACCUUUUGUUGCUAAAGUCACAUAUGAUAUUGGGAAAGGGUUGUCUUUUAAGUUAAGGUGUGUUGCCUAUCAUGACAAGAUCUCUUUGGACUGCUUGACUAAAAAUAAUUGUGCAUCUUUCAAUCAAACAGAUAAUGACAUGAUUGCAACUCUGCACAAGACUUAUCUUAUGUAUCUAAAAGUCAGAGGAAUUACGCCAGACAUUAUCUAUUACUUGCAUGAGUUGAAGGUUGAGCUAAAUAAAUUCAAAUGGAGUUUUGCUGAAGAAUCUCAAAAGCUUCCCCGAAGAUCUAUGAACUCUGAAGAGCUGUACCAGCUAUUUCUUUCAUCUCUUUAUGAUUACUGCCGCAGGUGGCGCUUUGAUGUGCAUACACCACUCGAUGAGUCCAAUUCAAAGAAAAAGCAGCCGAAGAAAUGGAUGAGUUCUUUGAAAUUUUAUUUGAGCCGGAAAGACAAAUUCGAAACAAUUUAUGUUGACCUUCUUAAUGCUGGUGACGUUAGUGCUGAGUCGAGCAAUCAUAAGAGAAAGGAGAACCUAUCCGUUGUCUUUAGUAUCUCAACAAGGGCAUUGUUUUUAUCAUUGUAUUGUACUGUUUAUCCCGACAAGAUUUCUCUUGACAGCUGGAGUGUUGAAGAAAGUAGUGAUCGUCUUUCUAGAAUACCUUAUCGCGGCUCAUAUCCAUCAUGUCAAAGCUUAUGUAGGGUAAUUGUCGGUUCUGGUGAUAAGGAAGGACAUGAUAUCAUGUAG